AUGAUAUUGACGGAGGAAGACCUGAUCGGGGGUGUUCAGGAAGUUAUUGGGCGUUUUUGGACAGUUGCUGCAGUGGAAGGUGUAAACAAGAUUGUGACCGCAAACUUGACAGCAUUUGGUUUCAUGGAUUAUGCUUUUGAGUACGUGGUGAAUAACGUAUUCGCAAGGAAGAGGAUUAUCCUUACUCUAUGGAAGAAGGAACUUUCUAAAUGCAAAAGGUUUUUGUAUGAAUCUGAAAUGGUAACUAUCAGCGGGCACCAAGAUGCACGUAGAAAUGAUGAGAAAAAUCUCUUGAAGGCAUUGGCUCAUCAAUCUCUCAGUGUCGCUAUUGAUGCUUCUGCUAGAGACUUCCAGCGGUUGUGGGGUCGAUUUGGACCAUGGUGUUACUGCAGUUGGGUAUGGAUCAAGCAAGGGUUCAGAUUAUAUCAUUGUGAAAAAUUCUUGGGGACCAACAUGGAGGGUGGGGAGAAAGGUUACAUCAGGAUGAACACUGGGAAACCAGGGGUGUCUGUGGAAUCAAUAAGAUGCUUCCUUCCCCACCAAACCGAAGUGGUGAUAUCAUUUUAUCCUAUAUGCAUUUGA